UCUCAAUUCAGGUUGGAGACACAGCAGCAAGAAUGGAAGAACAUUACACAGGAAUUUUAGAGAAAAUGUCACAAGUAAUCCUGGAUAACAUGCCAAAGGCUCACUAUUCCAGUUUAUUCAAUGAUUUUGUUGAAUCUGAGUUUUUUCUGAUUGACGGAGACUCCUUGCUUGUCACCUGUGUAUGUGAGAAGUCGCUAAAGCCAGGGCAGAGUCUCCACUUCUUCUACCUGGUUGAGCGCUACCUGCUGGAUGUCAUUAGCAAAGGAGGACAUUUUGCCAUAGUUUUCUUCAAGGAUGCUGAAUAUGCAUACUUCAGUGUCCCUGGACUUCUUACACUGAGAACUGCUUUAAUUAUGCACCUUCAGAAGAAUACUGCCAUUGAUAUUUGGACUGAAUUUUCUGGAUGCUUGUCAGAAGAGUGGAGUAUUUCCUUAAGUCAGAGUUGCCCUUAUUUCUUGAUUCUUGCUGAUGAAGGCCUGAACGACCAGCAGACACACCUUUUCAACUUUUUAGUCAUUCAAUCUUGGGCAGCAAAGGUCAACAUCGCACUCUUCUCAGGACAAACAUCUGGCAUCAUCCGUCUUUAUGCAUAUUUAAUGCAAAGCUCAUAUGAACAGCAGCUGUUUUUAAAAAAGUUUGAGAGGGACAUUAUGACUGAAUAUAAAACCCUGAUUCAACAGUUGGAAAAAUAUAGAGACCUGGAUUUAACAACUUUAUUUGGAGAUUUGAAAUUCAAUAAUAUGGUGGAAAAGGCUUGUGAGACGAUGUCUCUGCUCAGGCAACUCUGGCCAGAAGGCUCUGACAUCCGGCGAGCCCUGUGCGUCACUUCCUGCUCCCUGUUCUUGGAAAUGUACCACAGCUUCUUAGAGAACAGAGAGAAGAAAGCCUCCGAGCAGACGUGCGAAGACAAACAGGAACAAGGUAGUUGUUUAACCCUGAAGGACGUGGAAGACUUCUGUAAACUCUAUUGCCUCAGUGUGGUUUUCCAACUCCACCUACCUCUUUCCCAGAGAGCCUGCUCAAGAUGUAUCACCUCUGGUUGGAUUGAGGACCUCAAGACUGUCUUUAAAAUGAAAGAGUGGUGCGAGUAUUUCAUUUUAAGUAAUGUGCACAUGUUUGAAUUUUGGAGUUUGGAUUUACUUCACCUUUCUGAUUUAUGUGAUGAGCCUUUGAUGAUGAAUAUUGCUUUUUACUAUGAAAAUGAAAAUGCAGAAGGCCUGGAUUUGAAUGUAGGAGAUGUCAUCAUGAAGGAGUAUGUACAUCUCUGGGAUACUGUGUCGAAGUUGAUCAGAAACUUUGACUUGGGAAAACCAUUUCCUUUGAGAACAACAAGAUGUCAUUUUCUUAAAAAGAUCCCAUCACCAAUCAAAGAAAGUUCUCAGGAGAAGAUGAAAAACUUGAGUUUUAUUCCAGUGUCAUGUAGUUUGGUUGAUGAAUUUACUGGAGACAUUUUGAAAGACUUGCCUUUCCUGAAGAAUGAUGAUCCCAUUGUUACAUCCUGGAUUAAGCAUAAGGAAUUUAAUGAGCUUGUGCACUGGGAUUCCCAGAGACCCCUGAGUGAUGACUAUGACAAGAAAAAUGCCAAAUUUACUGAAUUUUCAAGAGACCCCCGUUAUCUUAGAAGUUUGCAGAAGUAUCAUGUUUUUCAACGACUUUAUGGGAAAUCACUAGAAACGGUCUCUUCCAAGACCAUCACAACUCAAGGUCCUAAGGUGAAGAAGGAUAGCAAUAAGUCCAGAAGCAUAAAAGCACAUGAGACCAAGGCUGACAAAAUUGCUAGAGAGAAUAAGAAAAGGUUGAUUGCCAAGGAAGAACAAAGAGAAGAACAAAAAUGGAAUACCCUGUCAUCUUCUAUUGAGAAGGAGAUGAAAAGGAAUUUAAGUUCUGGGCUGAAGAAGUUGGAAGAGUUUUUGAAAUCAUGUAAAAGUAACUCAGUAAAAGUUCAAGCUGAAAAAGUUGGGUUAAUGGCUUGCUUGACAGCAUGGAAGGAUCACUGCCGAGCUGAAGGUGAAACCACGAAGGACUUAAGCAUAGCUGUCGAUAUGAUGAAGAGAAUCCAUUCCUUAUUGGACAAACACUCUGAACUUCUGCAAGAAGCAGAUAAGAAACUCAUAGCUAGAUGUCUAAUAUAUUUAGGAUUUGAUGAGCUAGCAAAUUCUUUGUAUCCAACUCAGAAUGCAGCAGAUGACAUAAAAAUGACAAAGAAGAAUAAACAUUCAAUUGGAAUUGGACCAGUUCGCUUCCAACUACAAUAUAUGGGUCACCAUUUGAUACGAGAAGAACGAAAAGAUCCAGACCCCAGGGUUCAAGAUUUUAUUCCUGAUGAAUGGCAGCGAGAGCUACUGGAUGUGGUGGAUAACUACGAGUCUGCAGUGAUUGUUGCCCCCACAUCCUCUGGAAAAACCUAUGCUUCCUACUACUGCAUGGAGAAGGUGCUGAAGGAGAGUGACGAAGGCGUGGUUGUGUAUGUUGCACCAUCAAAGGCGCUUGUUAACCAAGUGGUAGCGACUGUUCAAAAUCGUUACACCAAAAUUCUGCCAGCUGGUGAAGUUGUGUGUGGUGUUUUCACUAAGGACUACAGUCACGAUGCCCUUAACUGCCAGGUGCUUGUUACCGAUCCUGUGUCCUUUGAAAGUCUGCUACUGGCUCCUCAUCGCCAAAACUGGGUGAAGAGGAUCAGAUACGUCAUAUUUGAUGAGGUACAUUGUCUUGGUGGAAAAAUGGGAGCAGAAAUCUGGGAGCAUCUCCUUGUCAUGAUCCGAUGCCCAUUUUUGGCCCUUUCAGCUACCAUAAGCAACCCUCACGAUCUUACUGAGUGGCUUCGGUCAGUAAAGAGGUACUGGAAAGAAGUAGACAGUGCAAUGGGAGUAAAAACUUUGUCGAAAAGAAAUUCUGGCUCCCGUGGCAGUCAUCACGAAGACCAAGGACAAGCCAGACAGUCAUACAAAGUUAGACUUGUGAUCUAUGGAGAGAGAUACAAUGACCUAGAGAAGCACAUAUGUUCUGUGAGACAGGGUGACGUUUGCUUUGAUCAUUUUCACCCAUGCGCCGCACUAACCACAGAUCACAUUGAAAAGUAUGGAUUCCCUUCUGACCUUGUCUUUUCACCUCGAGAAAGCAUCCAGCUAUAUGACACUAUGCUUCAGGUCUGGAACAGUUGGCCCCGGGCCCAGGACCUGUGUCCAGAGAACUUCAUUGAUUUUAAGAACAAAAUAGUUAUUAAAAAGUUGGAUGUUAGAGAAUAUGAGAAGAACUUAAAGGAAGAAUUCACACACUGGAUUAAAAAUGGGAACAAAGAGAAGGCCAGAAUGGUGCUGCAGAAGCUGAGUCCCGAUUUCCAUGACUACUCAGGACGGAUGCUGGACUUCUUUCCGCAUCUUGUUGAGAAGCUCAGGGAAAUGGAUAAGUUGCCUGCAGUGUUUUUUCUAUUUAGAUUCGAGUCUGUAGAAGAAUGUGCUAAGGCUGCUUGCCAAUUUCUGGAAGAUAAACAGGAGGAGAAGAGGCCUUCGAAAGCUGAUAAAGAAGCUCAGGUCAUUGCUAAUAGACUUCGAAAAGUUAAAAAAUCUUUGGAGAAACAAAUGAUAACAGAUGAAAAUAAUGAAAAGCCUUCCAGAAGAUUGGAUCAAGGCAUCAUACAGGAAGCUGAACACGAUUAUCUCCUGAAGCGUCUGGAAAAGAAUCUGGAGAUUCCCCAGGACUGCACGUAUGCUGAUCAGAAAGCAAUAGAUGAUGAGUCAUUGCAGAUGGUGUUUAAACGAGUGAAAUAUGAAAUUAAUGGUAACACACUGAAGACUUUGGCAAGAAGGGGUAUUGGCUAUCAUCACCGUUUCAUGUCCAACAAAGAAAAACAGUUAGUGGAAAUUCUCUUUAGGAAAGGAUUCAUUAGGGUGGUGACAGCUAGUGAAACACUCUCUUUAGGAGUCAACAUGCCGUGUAAAUCCGUGGUUUUUGCUCAAAACUCUGUCUAUCUGGAUGCUUUAAAUUUCCGACAGAUGGCUGGUCGGGCUGGAAGACGAGGGCAAGACCUGUUGGGUGAUGUCUACUUCUUUGAUAUUCCACUGCCCAAGAUAGAAAAACUCAUAAAAUCCAAAGUGCCUGAGCUGAGAGGCCAGUUUCCUCUCAGUAUCUCACUCAUUCUGAGACUCAUGCUGCUGGCCUCCAAGGCAGAUGACCCAGAGGACGGCAAGGCAAAGGCACUGUCAGUGCUGAGGCACUCAUUAAUAUCCUUUAAACAUCGCCAAGUCACAGACAUGUUAAAGCUUUAUUUCUUAUAUUCUUUGCAGUUCCUGGUGAAAGAGGGAUAUAUAGAUCAAGAAGGUAACCCUACAGGAUUUGCUGGCCUUGUAUCACAUUUACAUGACCAUGAACCAUCUAAUUUUGUUUUUGUCAUUUUUCUUGUAAGAGGUCUUUUCCAUAAUCUCUGUCAGCCAACUCAUGAAGGCUCAAAACGUUUUUCUGAAGAUGUAAUGGAAAAGCUGGUCUUAGUAUUGGCAAAUCUUUUUGGAAGAAAAUAUAUUCCAGCCAAGUUCCAAGAUGCUGACAUCAAGGAUUAUCAAUCAAAGGUGUUCCUUGAUGACCUCCCUGAGGACUUCAGUGAGGCCCUGCUUGAGUACAACACUCAAGUGACAGAGGACUUUGCUGCUUUUCUGCGAAUUGUGUCCCGAUUGGCUGAUAUGAAACAGGAAUAUCAGCUCCCCUUGUCAAAAAUUGAAUUCACAGGUAAGGACCAGGAAGACUCUCCACUUGUGUCUCACCUGAUGAGCUACAGGGAAGGAAGGACAGCAGUUUCACCAUUUGUCUGUCUGUCUGGAAACUUUGAUGGCGAUUUGCUUCGUCCAGGAGUUUCAGAUAACGUCGUUCUGCACACAAUUGGUAUCGAUCACACCCAAGCCCCAGUGCUGUGGCCACACAGAUUUGAUAGUACAGGAAGAAAAAUGCCACUUAGCGCAUAUGCACUUGACUUUUAUAAGCAUGGAUCGCUUGUGAAAUUAGAGAAGGAAAAUAGGAUACAUCAAGGGAGAGCUUAUGACCUGCUGAAAUAUUUUUCAUCCACCAUUAAAUCUAUCAGUAUCGCCUUACGUGAACUGUGUGAAAAUGAAGAAGACAACGUUGUUUUAGCAUUUGAACAAUUGUCUGAGUCCUUUCAUGAGAAGUUUGAAAAAGUGUGA